AUGAAGAAGUCUUUCACAUCCAUCGCCUUACUCUUGGUCGCCAUCUUGGUUACUGUCUUGCAAGCUGCUGCUGCUCCGGUCGAGAAUCAAGACACUGGCGCUGCUGCUGCGUCCGCCUCUGAAGUUUUUCCCCAAGAUCUUUGGAAUCAAUACUAUUCCAAGAUGGCCUCGUCUCCCGCUUUGGUUGCCAGAGACCUUGAACCCGCUGAAAGUGCAGAUCCUGCUCAAUUUCCCCCUUUCCCUCCCUUCCCUCCUCCACCUACCUUCCCACCUUUCCCUCCCCCACCUACCUUCCCACCCUUCCCACCCUUCCCUCCUGUUACUCGUCCCCCACCUCCAGUUUUCCCUCCCACCUUCCCUCCCACCUUCCCCCCCACCUUCCCUCCCACCUUCCCUCCCACCUUCCCUCCCACUGUUCCUCCUGUAACUUUCCCUCCUUUCCCUCCAUUCCCUCCCCCACCUACCUUCCCACCUUUCCCUCCCCCACCUACCUUCCCUCCUUUCCCACCUUUCCCUCCUCGCGUUUGA